AUGUCUACCACUGAGAGUGUUUUGAAGACCGCUAUCAGCCUGUACAGGGCGGUAGCGGGCUAUGUUCCCCUCUUCCGUCGCUGCGAAGGCCAAAUCUACCGAGACAAUGGACGCACUGGUAGUGGCGCUGAAGAGCGUCCAAUUCCAUCAAACGUCGAAAUGUCGUCAUUGCCUACUCAGCUUAUGAUCACCUCCGUCCAGUCCGGAAAAGUCAAAUACGAAACGAUGUUACAACUCCGAUCCAAGGCGGACUUCAUCAAAGCGGACAUUGCGAUGGUGAAGGCGAACGAAAUCGACGCUCAGUCGACAGUCCAGUGCAAAAAGGCGGCUGUUGAGAGGUUAACCCGUCAACUACAACGUCGGGGUGGCAGCGGAGUAACGAAAGCUCAGCAACGUUGCCUGAAGGUUUUAGUUCGCGAGCGCGACGCAGCGACGAAGACCAAACGAGAGAUGCAGAGAUUGGUAAAGUCUCUUACAAAAGAAUACGAUGGGAAUCUCCGCUCCUUUGCUGAAGUCGUGAUGGAGCUCCAGGAUACGUUCCUUUUACCAAAGGAGAAGGACAACGAUGUCAUAGCAGAGCAGCAUGAGGACGGAUUCGUGCAGGGAGAAGUGGAAGGUCUGGUACAAGAAGACGAGCAAGCUCAGACACAAGAAGACGGUGGUGUCCCCGAAGUGAACAGUGUCCAGCCGAACAAUUCGCCAGGCACCGCCCAAGAGAUCGAGAUUAGCAAAUCUCUCGCCUGUAAUCAGCCGGUAGAGGCUUCGCAACCCGACAUUCAUAACAUCGUGGUUAGUGCUGCCUGUCUUGACCAGCAAGCCGAGGCCCAGUCUAUCGACAUCGCUGUUAACGACAAUGAAACAACGUUGAACCCGCCAGUAGAAGACAAGGGUGGCUCGCCAUCCAGCAGAACAAAUUACUCUGCUACCCACUUCGAAGACCCGCAAGAUGUGCAGGACAUGGCUAGAUCAGAAAAUGAUGGCGAUAUUGAUGGUCGGACAGUCCAUGGAGUGCAAGAAGUCGGGAUCGGACAGGAGACCGGAGAAGCACUUCCCCACGAAGACCCAUAUAUCAACAGUUCCAAAGAAGAGUGGGAUAGGAUUGAGCAGGCCAUAAAAAAGCUCGAGCGAUGUGAGAAGACUUAUUGGGAGAAGAAAGAAAAGUUCGAACAGCACUACAAAACGUUUGAUGAAAAGCUGGAUAAGUUCUGCUCAAUCAACCCACGCUUGAGUAGAGCGGAUGCAGAAAAGAAAUUCGGUCGACACUUCCUCCAGGUAGGGGGCAAUUUCCGUUGUUCUUUGGGUGUAGCAGAGACGUCGCUCAAGAAAGCCCGGAUUGAGGCGAAAGAAGCAGGAGUCCACGAUUGCAACUCAUGGGACCAGGAAUCUGGCUUCCUUUCAGUGGCGGGCGAAGGGCCGGAUCCAGAAGAUACUGGAUAUAUGAGCGAUACUCGUGAUCACGAAGUGGUGAGGGAGUGGCUGCAGAUGCCCAAGGGCCCAGAUUUCAUGCAGCCUUCUGAGUUCAAGUUCGCGACGUCGAAAGUGAACGUCGAUCCUUGGGAGAGUCAUUCCACAAGGGGAGACUCAAGCAAACGGAGGAAGAUAGACGAGAAUGUCGACACUUGGGAGGUUCAGUCUUCCACAGCGUACUCAAGCAAGCGGCGGAAGAUCGAUGGGGAUGUUCCUUGGGUGGCGCCCAACGAUAGCGAUGACAGCGCGUAUGGCACCGCCAAGGAGGAAAGAGGAGACCAGAAGCAAUCGGAAGGUCCAAGGAAGAGGCCUCGCGCCAGGUCAGAGGUAGCCCACAAGCGACGUGCCCGAUCAUUCGACGCGCAUCCGGGGCACAAGGUUGUCAAAGAGAUGUUUACCGACAUGCCUGUAGAGGAUCACAGCGUUUGGAUGAAGCGAGAUUACCGAGAAGACGUCAUCAUGGUUGAUGACGAAACAUUCGACGACGAGACCUGA